AUGGCAGCAAAUACAGGAGGAGGUUUAUUUGGAGGACAAUAGACUUAAUAAAAUUAGGGUUUAUUUGGAGGACAAUAGACUUAAUAAAACUCGAGCUUAUUUGGAGGUCAAUAAGCAUAAAACUAAUAACAAGGUUAGGGCGCAUAAGGAUAAUAACAAGCUUUCUCUUUAUUUACCAACAAUUAAUAAGGCUAAAAUAAUCAAUAAGCAAGUUCUAAUUAAUAAAAUAUAUUUGGUGGUGCUAUAUAAUAACAAUAAGGAGGAGGAAACUUAUUUGGCUAAACUCAAUAAAGUUAAUAGUAAGGUACUGGUCAACCAUCAGGAUUAUUCGGGGGUAUAGGUAAUAUGAAUUAAUAGCCAGCAGCUAAGUAAAAUGAAACACCAGUCCCUCCUUAAACUCAAAAUUAAUUGUUUGCAAAUAUAUAGAAUUAAUAGUAGCCUCCUUAAUAAUAAACUUAAAACUAAGGUUAAUAAUCUUAAUAGUAGCAACAAUAACCAACAAGCACAAAUGGCUUAUUUGGAAAUGUUUAGUUAGGAGCAUCAAAUUAAAAUCAGGCUUAAAACAAUACCCAAAAUUAGUAAGCUGAAAAGCCAAAUUCUCUUUUUGGAGAUAAGCAAAAUCAAGGAGCUCCAUAAGUCACAGGAGGCUUAUUUGGUAACUCUGCUAAUUAAGGCACAGGAAUGCAAAUCAAUACUAAUAAACCAGCAACAUCAGGUUUAUUUGGAGCCAAUUAAACAGAUUAAUAGUAAAAUAAACCUAUAGGAGGAGGAAUCUUUAAUUAAAUGUAAUAAAAUGCCUAAAGCUAAUAGACCCAAUAGUAAUAAUAACCUCCCACAUAAACUGGUGGUGGCUUAUUCGGUUAGACAUAAUAAUAGUAGUAAACUAAUGCUCCUCCUAAAGAAGAACCAAAGACAUCUUUAGGUGGAUUAAAUUUAUUAGGUUAAGCUCCUUUAAAUACUUAAAACUAGUAGAAUUAAGCCCCAAAAUAACCUGCAUAAAGUGGCGGCUUAUUUGCUUAGGCUCCAUAAUAACAAUAAUAAUAACAACAACAACAACAAUAAAAUAAUACAUAACCAACUACAACAACUACAAUUCCUUCUACAAAUUCUUUGUUUAAUAAUGCACCAAAUACAUAAGCUGGUGCAACUACUACUUAAACAGCAUAAACUACAUAAACAGCAGCAGCUCCUCCUAAAAGUUAGGGACCAAGUUUAUUUGCAUAAAAUAACUAACAAACAGCACAACCACCAGCUAAUUCACAACCAACUUAGUAAGGAUAAACAUAAGGAGGAGGUCUAUUUGGUGCUAACAUAGAUGCUUAAAAUGCUGGAAGUAGCUAACCUAAGUUUUUAAAUAUAGGAGCUAAUAAAGAUAAUAUAUUAGGUUAAGGAAAGACAAACUAACCUGAAGGACUCAAUAUCGGUGGAGGAUAAAAAGGUAUCCUGACAGGUGCCUCUGGAGCAGCAGCAACUACUACUACUACCGCAGCAUCUACUACUGAUGCUACUAAACCAGCUCAACCCUCAAUCUUAACUGGAUAAACUCAAGCAGCCUCUAGCCUUUUAGGAGGAUAAUAAAAACCAGCAACUAAUCCUCCUACUAUAGGAGCUACCUCUUAAACUACUGGUGGCUUAGUAGGAACAGGUUUAGCAGGUCAAUCAAAUUAAAUUCCAGCUCCCAAAAAAACUCAUUAACAUACUUCUUAAGCAACUGGACCAGAUGAGAGAUUAGAAAUGGAUAUUAAUUCUGCUAAAAAUCUUAAUGGAAGUUUACACAUGUUUUGCCAAAAUAUCCAUAAGUAUAAACCUGAGCAUGUUAAAAAAUUCUUUUCUAAUGAGGACAUUUUCAAUAAAUUAACAUAAGGUCUUCAAAUAUAUAAAGGAGAACAAAAUACAGAUUAAUGGGAGAAUAUAAAAAAGGAAGCCAAGGAAGGAAAGACUCCUUUGAAGUUCUGGAGUGAGAGAUUAUCAAAAUAUAAAUAUUAGUAUUUGAUUGUUAUGUUUAUUGAAGAUAUUGCUGAAUAUCUUUAAAUUAAACCUAUGGAUUGUUACCGUAUGUUUGAUGUUUUCCUUUCUCACGAGAGCAAAUUUGUCGACUAUUUCUUCAAUCCUUCUUCUAAUGAACCUUGCAUCGAAUUUUUCUACGAAUAACAAGCUAUUUUAUUUGAAUCUAACAAUGUUGCAGUAAGAAAGGACUCUCCAUUUAUAAUUAAUUUGAAAACUUCUUUUAUGAAAGACAUUUAUUUCCAUGAACGUAACUGCAUACUUGCCUCCCUCCGUCUUCUUUUACUUUUCACUGAUGACCAAUACAAUUACGAUGCUGUUAGAGAUGUUGUCGCUCGUCUCUUAAGAAACAAAUUAGAAGAGUCUUUAUGGGAAUAAUAUGCUGGAUAAAACAAUAAUCCUGAAUUAAGUGCAGAAGAUAGCGAGCUAUUCUAACUUUAAAAAUAAUUUGAAAACGACUAAAUCAUUAAGCUUUUAUUCAUUAUCACUUAAAAAAAUCAAAGCAAAAUUAGCAUAGAAACCUAUUUACAAAAAUUCAAUAGCUAAAACUUCAUGGGUAAUUGGUAAAAUUUACAACCUCAAAAUGAAAACACCUUUGAAAAUAAAAAUAAAAUUAACGAGUUAUCAACAGUAGUUGGUGAUUCUUGUUUGAUGUUAGUAUUUGCUAAAGUAAAAGAAAUUUAAUAAAAUAAAAACAAAAAUGAAAAAGAUGCAUUUGAAAAGAUAUUUAAACAAUCUUAAACUAGCUCUUAGAAGAGCUAAUAAAUGAAUGUUUUAAAGCUUUACUAUGACUCUAUAAGCUAAGAAUAAUUGGUUGUUGAAUUUUAUGAAUAAAUUGAAUAUCUCUACAAAACUAUUGUUAGAAUUCUUAAUUAUAAGAAUUUGGGAACUCUCAAAACUUAAUGGUAGGAAAUAUUCUUUGAAUUGCUCGUAAAGAUUAUUUAAGGAAUUAACGCAAAUGAAUUCUAUGAAGAAAUGGAUGAAUAGCUAGAAUCUUUCAUUAGUGAAUGCAUUUGUAUUGCAUUUUCUAAAACUAUACACAAAAAUCCUAAAUUAAUUGACUUAUUCUGGGAAAAGCUCGAAAGCAGAGAACAAACUAAGCAUUUCCAAAAUAUCUUUUCUAGUCCUAUUUCUAUUUACAAAGUAAUGAAAAGUGCACUAGGUAUGAGCUCCGACCCUAAAUCUCGUCAUGUUAUCAUCUUUUUGACUACUUUAAGCAAUUUUAAUUGGAUUAACUUUAACUAAAUAGCUGACUCACAAUAAAAUUUAGAUACUGCAAGCAUAUUAAAAUUGAGAUUAAUUUAUAAGCUUAUAAUUACUGAUCCUAAAUGCAUUAAUUUACUUUAAUAUGUAUUUUACUUCACUGAUUUAUCAUAGAAUACUUUCGAUUAAUACAUAAAUGAAUGCAAUGGUGAUGAAGUAAUUAAAUUUGUGAUAAAGAGUUUUGCAUUAUAUAACGAUUUGCGUAGCUAUGCUUAUUAAAACUUCUUUGCUGGUCUUAAGGCCUUAAAUGUAUUGCUCAACAAUCACUAAUACUAGACACAAUAAAUUUUGUAAAUCGAAGAAUAUUAAGAUUUGCUCUUCAAAGAAUAUAGACGUUUAGCAAUAUAAAAUGAUGUGACUGCCACUGAAUACAGAUUAAAAUGCAAGAGAGAAAUCUUAAAUAUCUUAUACACUAUUUUAAAGGAUUUCGAAGAGCCUUUGCUUGCUUUCUCUCAAAUAAAAGGAAUGGAAAGAAACACAGAAUAUGAUUCUCCUUUACUUGCUCAUUUGUUCCUCUUCUUCACUAGCUUUAUUGAAGAUUGGGAAUAAAACUAAGGCGCUCUUUACCUUAAGCAUAAGUGGAAAAUAGGCUCUUUAAUCAUGAAAAUUACUGAUAUUUGUUUAAACAGAUUAUCAAUAAAUGUCUAUAAGAAACAAGACUUCAGACCUGUUUAAAGUGAUAGCUAUACUAGCUUUUUCUUACACAACUUCCUCUGCAACUAAUUAAAGAAAAUCAGAGUAGAUGAAAUGAUUAUCAAGGUGCUUGAAGUAGCAGCUAACUAAUCAUCUAUUAGUAACAACAAGAUAAACAACAAAACUCUUAAAUUGAAUAACAAGUAUUGGUAAACUUAUAUCAUGAAUACCUCAAAUAAAUUUAAAGAACACUAGGUUGAACACAUUAAAAACUAAGUUAAUUUAAGAAAUCUGAUUGUUGACACAUUGAAGGUGUUAGAAACUACUAUGCAAUUAAUUGAAUAAAAAAUUUAAAUCCGUAAACAAGAUUUCGAAUAUAGAUUUUUACAGAAAUCAAUGCUUUUAGAUGAAAUCCCAAUUUUAGAUUUCUUUGAAAGAAUAAUAUGCAAAUCUGACUGUAUCUUCCAUUACAAAUAAGAAUAUUACAUUGACUCAAGCUUAAACUCAAUAAAAAUAAAUAUUUUAUACGCCAUAUCCUCUUACAUUAACUUUGAAAAUCAUUUCUACUCUUCAAACGAUGAAGUUAACCCAACACUUCCCUUUUAUAUUUACAAUUUCUUGGAAAGUGAAGGUAAUUUAAUUAACUAAUUGGCAGAUACUCAUUACCUUCUCGACUAUGACACUAUUAGAAACCCAUUAAAUAAUUCUCGUUUACCAAAUGGUACUUACUGUGAAUUGAUUAGCUCUUUGAGUUUGAGAAUUUUAACUUAAAUCAUGUUGGCUUGGGAAGCUCAAUAGUCAAUUAGAAAACCUAUUUUAGUAGAUUUCUUAAGCAACAUGAAUAUGGAAAACUACUGGGAGAAGUUAAAUUACUCUUCUAUUAACACUUAAUUAACUAAUUUCAUAAUUGAGAUGUUUAACAUAUUGAAAUUGAAUGAAUAUGAUUCUAACAAUGAUAGUGAAGCUCUCAGAAAAAACAUAUCAGACAACAGCUGUGCAGUUAUCGAUUUCAUGCUCACUGCCUUAUACACUCAACCUCUCUUCAUGAACUUGAUUCUUAAACCUGAUAAUCUUAACAGAAAAAAGAAAGAUAAUGAUCUUAAAAUCAGAUUUAAGCGCUUCUUUGAAUCAAAUGUUUGCACUUAUGACAUGCGUUUACUCAACAAAUAUUUGAAUCUUUUAGUUGAAAUCUUUAAGAGAGAUUAAAUGUACCCAAGCUUUUGUUAGGAAUUCCGUUAAGACACACAAUAUAUUUUCGAAAAGAUUACUAAAGUCGUAGUUUAAAACUUUAAACCUUAUGAAAUCGACUAGCUCGUUGAAAGAGAUCUUUACUUUUUAAAUUCUCCCAAAGAACCAAAUAUUCCUUACUUCGAGUUCUAAAAAUUAAAGUUAUCUCAAUUACUUAGAGAACACAUAAAAUAAACAGAACUCUACUAAUAGAUGAUUUGCUUACACAGUUUCUAGAUUUUACUUGAUUUAAUUAGCAAAGAAUAUCUUUCCAAUAAAUGUAAAUCAGUCCAAUCUAUCCAAAAUAGCUUAAAAGCAAUAUUCGAAAAUAAAUAAGUUAAUCACAUCAUGAACAGCUUAUCUAAGUUCGCUCCAAGCUAUUCAUUAGAUCUUUGGCCAGUUCCUCAAUAAAUUCAAACUAAGAUGAACAUUGAAAAUGAAGAGUAAUUUAAGGGAAAAAUUUUCUAAUAAUCUUUCUUCUAUUUGUUGGAAACUAACCAAUAUUCAUAUGGAAGAGGAUAUGCUUUGGAUGCCAGUGAGAUUAUAUUCAAUAAAAUAGACGCUGAAAGACCUUAAGACUACUUGUCUAGAGCUAAAUACAUUCUCUUUAAAUUAAUUGAAUUCCGUCAAAAGAGUAUUAAAUGGUCUAUUGAAGAAAUAAAACUAAGGACAUUUGAUUCAUGGAUUAGACUAUUUUGUUUAGUUACUUCUUCAGGAGUUGAAGGUUACGCUAUGAGUACUGUACAAUCUUCUAUUCCAAAUUUCACUCUUAAGUAGCUCAGAGAGAGAAAGAUUAUUUUAGAGCAUGAAUAAUUAUGUUUACUCUAUCCUAACUAUGAAAUAGAGUUUGUGAGUGGAUUUGUUAACAUCUUCUGUGCCUCUAACCCACAAUGUGUUGGUCUUUUCUCUAACUUAUAGAGCGAAAUGAUGAAAUAAAUUCUCUAAGAUUUGAAAAAAGGGUACUUUGGAGUGCUCUUUGAUCAAAAACUCAAAUUUUUACUUUACAUAUUAUUCUCACUCAGACACUUACAAGAUCUAGACUACCAUUCCAAAGAGUCAGAAAAUAAAAAGACAUAAAAUCCUAAUAAUUUUAUUGGUAGAUCAAACUAAAAUCAAGAAAGCUAACAUUCUUUCUCAGAUUCUUAUAAAAAAGAAGAAGCCGAAGAUUUAUUCAAAGUAAUGACAUAAAUUUUAGAAGAAGCUGUCCAUCGUGGUACUAGAGUUCAAAUAUGUGAUUUCAUUUAGUGCUUAUUCUUGCAAUUACAAGUGAUGGAAGUUCUCUACUUAUAAACCUUCUAAAACAACAAGAAAAAAUUCGUUAUCAAUGAAAACUUGAAUCCUUACUUUACAAAAAUAAUUGGUAUUUUAAUGAAUUUGGCUGCUUAGAAUAUUGAUGGUCUCCCUAUUUUAAUAUCUUGUCUUAACAGUGCCCUACAUAUCUAUCCAUAAUACUUUAUUCUUUAAUUCAAAUAUCAAGUUAAAGCUUUAGAAUUUUUGAUUAAUAAAAUCUUUUAUGAAAAGAAUGAAACUGCUUAAAUCUUUGUUUCUAUUAUAAAUCUGUUGACAGAUAUUGCUAAGUAUCCUGAAGGUGCUCUUUUAUUGAGUGAAGCUAAUAUUGUAAGUAUGAUAUGCAACACUCCCAUUUUUAAGAAUAUAGAAAAUGAACCAUUCUAUUGGCAAAAUGGAGAAAGAAAUCUCUUACAUUCUUUCUGGUGUUGGAGUUUGAAUUUCUAUAAGGAAUAUAUAAUUUCAUUGCCUUCAGAUUUAGAAAACACAACUUCAUCUUUCUAAUUCUUAUAGACUUAUUUCACUCGUAUUGCUAAAAUUCUCUCUAUUCCUCAAGUUUUAUAAAACACUGCUACAAAUUUAGCUAAUAACAAAAUGAUUAACACUGAAUAAGAAAAGCUUUCUCUUGCAUAUAUGGAAGAAAUCGAACUUAUUUUGGAACUUCUCUCAGUUUAUUUCUGCCAAGCCAAUAUCUUCAAAAGAAAGAUGAGCAACGAUUUUGAAUAAAUACUUCAAUUCUUGACUCAUUGCACUAUUUGCUUAUUUAAGUAGGGUCUUUCCAUCCAAUCUAUCUUCAUGCCAGUUUCUAAAAUGGAAAAGAAGCUCUCUCAAAUUUAUGACAUUUAUCAGGUCAGCUCAGCAGACAGUGCUCACUUAUAUCACACAUCUAUACUUACUCCUUCUCAUACUCCAAACAAAUAAGAGUUAGAAGCAGGCAUCUCUACAGCUCACUCUGCUAUUGGAGAUACAAAAAAUAAGAACUAUAACUUAUUCAUCAUUUAAGUUGAAUUACACUACUAGAGCAUUUUAUUCAGUUUGUUUUCUUGUAUCUAAGACGGUUUACAAGAAUCAAGUUUACUUUAAUUAUUCUAAUAUUCUAGCAACAGCUUCAGUGAUAAUUUGAUCAAUAAUGAAAGCAAGUAAGUUUAUUCUGUAAAUUACUGGUAGAGCUUUGCAAAUUCUUUGUUUGACUGCCUUAAAUUCGUAGAAAAUACUCUAAAUAAAUGGGAUUAUAAGAAAAAUAAAAAUGUUAAUAUGGAUGACUAGCUUGUCAAGCUUCGCGCUCUCACAAAUUCUGUAGAGUAUAACUUAUGUUGCUAUGGAUUUGGUUCUCAAACUUCUUUAAUAAAUAGUGCUAAAACAAUUAUUUAAACAUCUUAAUUUAGUCUUUAAGCUAUCGUUCUUUCUGCUAUCAAGCACUUCUAAAUGUUAAACGAAUUCAAAUAAUGGUUUGGACACUCUAUAAAAGACAGUUUAACUGAUUUAUAAAAUAAAUUAAAUGCAAAGCUAGAUGGAUUGAAGAAACUAGAAUAUGAAGAUAUUUAACUUAAAAAAUAAAUUGAAGAGCAUAUUUUACAAUUCUAAAGGCUAUCAGUGACAUAAGAUAGAUAUUGA